AUGGAUAGACCUGAUUCUGGCAGUGUUUCUCCCGGGAGAUAUGCACCUCAUCUCUCCGAAUUUUAUUCAAUUGUCAAUAAUACGAGUCCCAGUAGUUCAGAUGGUAUGGUUGAUGGUGAACGCCGUGGAUCACAUUCGAUGGCCGCUCCCAGUAUGACGUCCAAUUUUAGCUCUAUCAGCGAUUUGAGAACUCUAGUCACUAAAAGGGAUAUUAAGAAUACUGUCGAUGCUCUUCAAGGGUUGUUAGAUUCAUCAAGGGCAUAUAAUUCAUCGUUACAAGAGGUUUCACGUAAUGCUAGCCUAAUGGGACAUUCUUUAGAGAAUCUAGCCAGAUUGAAAGGCUGUAGUGAUGAUAGUGCAGAGAAAUUAUUGAGUGCAAGCGGAUUAUUCUAUCUAUUGGCCAACCAUGAAAAUAUAAUGUCACAAUGUUUAAAGGGUGUACUUGGUGAGAGUCUAUUAGAUAAAAUUGAUCAAUUUAAGGUAGAAUCUAAAAAGAUGGAAAAUGAAUUUAAAAGUCAUGCAAGGGAGGAAAGUCUUAAAUUGAAGAUUCAGGAGAGACAUAACUUGAAAUUGGCACAGCGUAGAACGAGAAAUUUAGUCUCAUACAAAGAAAGUUUGGUAAAUCUACAAUCUCAAUUGGAUCAAUUGGAAUCUCUAAGGCACGAUUAUUAUCAGGAUUCUUACAAUUUGGUAGAAUCGACGUGUGCAAAAGUGCUGGACGCCGUAGCGACCGUCUCAAGAGCUCGUGUAGAAAUUUCAGAAAAUGUUGCACGGAAAGGUUGGUCUGGUGGUGGUCUUGACGAUCUUUUAAUGGACGCUGAAGAUCCUUUCAACAAGGAAGAUUCAACAAUUAACGAAGGCCAGAGUGAAGGUGAAGAAACUAUCGAAGAUGAUAAUCUAAAGAAGGGUGUUGCAUCACCACAAUUUUCUACUGCACAACCACACAAUGAGAUGGAAUCUGAAGCUGAACAUGACCAUAGCCAUGAAAAUGAAGAUCGAGAUGACGAUGAAGAUGAUGGUAACGUUGACCCAGAUGCUGAUAACUCAUUUUCCCUACCACUGGCUGGUAGUUCGAGAAGUCGGGAACCACCAAUCGAAAAUGACGACGAAUCAUAA